GCACAUGCGCCUUGGCAGCCCGGCGUGACGCAUGCGCACUCGCAGAGGAGCGGCGCGUCACCCGGAGGAAGAUGGAGGAGUACGCACGCGAACCUUGCCCAUGGAGGAUUGUCGAUGACUGUGGUGGUGCCUUUACUAUGGGUGCCAUAGGUGGUGGAAUAUUUCAAUCUAUUAAAGGCUUUAGGAAUUCACCAAUGGGAAUGAGUCACCGAUUACGUGGAAGUUUGACUGCUGUUAAGACCAGAGCUCCACAGUUAGGAGGAAGCUUUGCUAUAUGGGGUGGCUUGUUUUCAAUGAUAGACUGUGGUUUAGUGAAGGUCAGAGGUAAAGAAGAUCCAUGGAAUUCCAUAACCAGCGGAGCUUUAACAGGAGCCAUAUUAGCUGCAAGAAAUGGCCCAAUGGCAAUGGUGGGAUCUGCUGCUAUGGGAGGAAUACUACUCGCCUUGAUUGAAGGGGCUGGAAUAAUGUUGACACGAUUUGCUUCAGCACAAUUUCCAACAGGUCCACAGUUUGUAGAUGAUCCUACUCAGCUACAAACUUCAUCGUUCGGUGAAUACAGACAAUAUCAGUGACAUCCAUUUGAAUUAAUAGUAAUUUUCUGAGAGCUGACAAAGCAGACAUCCUCUGAAGAACUUCCAUACAUGGUCAUAUGAAACCAAGUUUAAGACUAUUUAUAUUGCAAGGUUGGUAUGAUUAAGAAGGCUUUUGUAGAAAAUCUAACACUAUGGAAUGAUUUUCUAUGGCCUUGUAAUAUAUGUAUAUAUGUUCUAUGCCAGACAUAAGAAAUGUUAUGUAAUUGAGAUUAUUUUUGUGCCUGAGUUUUAUAUGUUCUCUGGUGAAUAUAUUUGUAAACAAUCUAUUGGCAUUAUAUACAUUGUCACUUCAAACCCAGCAAAAUAUAAUGAAACAUCUAAUCUUGUUAAGUAUGUGUUGUACACAUUUGGGCACAUCAUUUAAUUCACAAGACAGAUUGCUAAUUCAUCAUUAAAGAAUUCAAGGCAGUUAUGAUAAAACUUUGUGUGUAUUUACAACUUCCUGUGCCGAACUUAAACACAAUGUGAUAUCUCUCCCCACCCCUUUUCUCUUCUCCCAUUCUUCCCUUUUUACCCCUUCUCUACUCCUUACCUGCCUAUCACUUCCCUCUUGUACCCUCUCUCCUCUUUCUCCUGUGGUUCACUCUAUCAGAUUUAUUCAGCCCUUUUUCACUUGUUGCCUUCCAGCUUCUCACUUCAUUUCCCACCCCCCACCCCCACCCCCACCUUAUUCUGGCUUUUCCCUCUUCUUUUCCAGUCCAAGGAAGGGUCUUGGCCUGAAACAUUGAUUGUUUCUUCCUCCAUACAGAUGCUGCCUGAGCUGCAGAGUUUCUUCAGCAUUUUGUUUGUGUAACACAAUGUGCUAAGUGUGUUUUGAUUAUAGCCCAAGUCUUAAUUAGGAAAUGUAGUUUAUAUGAAAAGUUAAUGUAAUUUAAAUAUGAAUUCAGGUGAAUAACCAGUUGGGGUAAAAUAUUUUAUAUUUUACAGUUGUUAUUGAAAGGUAUGUGUUCAACCAACAAUGUUUACAAGAAAGAUAUUAGAAUGUCUUUUUCCAUUCUAAUAUUGUACUCAAAUUUCACAUUUUCAUACUUUGUAUUGAACUGUAAUUGCAUCACACAUUUCCAUUUAGAAUUAAAUACUGCUCAAGGUGGUACUGUGAAAAAUAUUAACAAAAUGAGAUGUUAGGUUUUUUUUGCUGCUAAAUAUUGUUCUGGCAAACAAGACUAAUUACAUCAAUAAAUGAAGUAUGUUAUUAUAUUGA